AUGGAUCUUCUCAACGCGGUGCGCGAGCGCGCCAUCGCCGCCGACCCGACCGCCCGCAAGGCCAUCCUCGACCAGCUGAACAGCCUGGCGCGGGAGCUCGAGACGCCGCAAGACUGUAUGCAGCGGCUCCUCUACCAGCCCAUGACGCUGCCCAUCAUCCGCGCCGGCUGCGACCUCGGCCUCUUUCGCCGCAUUGUCGACAGCCCUGCGCCGUUGUCCAGCGCACAGCUCGCAGACGAAUGCGGCAGCGACGGCGGCGACGGCGGCGACGGCAGCAAACCGUCCCCGGUGCUGCUCAGUCGGCUGCUGCGGUACUUGGCGUCCAUCGACGUGGUCCGCGAGACGGCGCCGGACCGCUACGGCUCGACGAAUACGACGCGGACGCUGGCGACGCGAGAGUGGCAGAGCGCCGUGUUGUACUACUGCGACGUCUUCAUACCGUCCUUUGCCGCCCUGCCCGCGUUGCUCAAAGAGCAGGGCUACCAAGACGUCGACGACCCAGCCGACUGCGCCUUUAACCGGGCGCACGGGACGUCGGAGCGAAUCUUUACCUGGCUUCCGACGCGUCCCUCGCUGUUUGCGGAUUUCAACCGGUUCAUGAGCGUGCAGCGCGCGGGCAUGCCGACGUGGCUCGACGUGUACCCGUACCUGACGACGGCGGCGGCCCGGGGCGGCGGGGGCGGACCAGCGGUGCCGCUGUUUGUCGACGUCGGCGGGGGCGUCGGGGCACCAAAGCGCGGCUCUGCGGCGGGCGCUGCCGGCGACCAGCCGGCGCUGCUGGGCCAGGCGCUGCGGUGCGAGGGCGUCGAGCACACGGCGCACGACUUCUUCGCGCCGCAGCCGGUGCGCGCCGCGCGCAUGUACUACAUGCGCAACAUCCUGCACGACUGGAACGACGCCGACGCGCUGCGCAUCUUGCGCUGCACCAGGCUGGCCAUGGGCCCGCGCUCGAGGCUGCUGCUCGACGAAAUGGUCAUGCCCGAGGCGGGCGUCCACUGGCAUGCCGCCCAGCUGGACAUGCUGAUGAUGGCGGUGCUGGCGGCGCGGGAGAGGACCAUGGCGCAGUGGCAGCAGCUCGUCCGACGGGCUGGAUUGAGAUUGCGCAAGGUCUAUCGGUAUACGGAGUAUUUGGCGGAUUCCAUCAUUGAGUGCGUGCGCGAUGAUGCGCCGGAGGAGGAGAUGGUGGGCGAAGGUGGCUAUUCGGCUAGCUUGUGA